UCUUGGUCCAAAAAUGUCCCCUUGCUGCAAGAGUUUCACACUAUCUCUUCUUGCUAUUCUGCUUUUGUCUAGCUUCCUCAAACAUUCCCAAGCAUUUGAUCGUUAUACAUUCGUUGUACGCGAAGCUCGGUAUGAGAGAUUGUGUAGCUCAAAGACGAUACUAACUGUAAAUGGAAAAUUUCCUGGCCCGACAUUGUAUGCUUACAAAGGAGAUGAAGUAAUUGUAUACGUUUCCAACAAAGGAAAUGAGAAUAUAACCCUUCACUGGCAUGGAGUGAAACAGCCACAAUAUCCAUGGUCAGACGGCCCAGAAUAUGUGACACAAUGUCCAAUUAAACCAGGCAACAAAUUUAGCCAAAAAGUCAUAUUUUCUGAAGAGGAAGGAACCCUUUGGUGGCAUGCACACAGUGAUUGGUCGCGAGCCACCGCUCAUGGUGCUAUUGUCGCGAGACUCGUUAAUUUCGUUAUGAGUAUCUUCCAAUUAAUUUCCAAGUCAAUCGUGAUUGAAACUGACUGCGAAAUGAUCUUUGGACAUCAUUUUCAUUGCUGAUGAAUAGAGGUGACAAAAUGGAUAAUUGAUUAGAUUGUGAUGGAUUGACAUUUCAAUGACUUGUUUAUUAAAGUCCUUAUUUUAAAUGA